AUGUUUACGGCACGAAGGGACAAGAUGAAACAGAUAAAUAUAAAGAAUUACAUUGUAAAAAAGAUGAACAUAUUUUGCUGCAAUUUCUUAAAGGUAAACAAAGGGUACAUGCAUGUAUUAUUUACAAACGAAAAGAAAGCUUACAAUAAAUUUUUCAUUUUUAAAAGUGGCAUGGAAAAUGAACAUAGCAGUAAAAGCAAAAUAGUGUUAUUUAAUAUAGAAGAGGAAAGAAACAAAAUUAUAAGAAAAAAAAUUAAUAACUCACUUAUUGGAGGUGUAAUAAUAUCCUCACUAUCUAUCUGUUUAAUUGAAAUAAAUAUAAUUUCAAGUUUAUGUGGCUUUGUAAUAUCUGCUGGAUUAAUUUUAUUUUAUAUUUUUUAUUUUCUCUUUUACAACUCCGUUAUAUUAAGAGCAGUAUUAGACAUUGAGAAUAAAAGUUUAUUGUUAUACCCUUAUAUGAUAUUAAAAAGAAAGAAUUUGAAAAAACAGAUUAUUUUGUCAUUGCAUGAAAUUAAUAAAGUCAACAAAGUUAAUAACUACAUUCAGUUAUAUUUGAAAAAGCCCAAAAUAAAAAUUAUACCCAAUUUUAAUUUGUUCAUACCUCUGCAUAUUCCUAGAUAUAACACAUCAAAAACUAGCAAACCGCAAGAAAUUGCUAAUUCUAGGGAUGUUCUAUAUCCAUACGACUACAAUAACUUGAACAUCUCUGUGUUCAGCCAACGUAAGCACAUGGUCAACGUGCCUACAAUUAAGAAAAACGUCGAUGGAUACCCCCUCAACGUGGCUGAAGAGAACAAGUUAAUUUCGCUGCUCAGUGUGUAG